UCUGCUCCUGUUUAUUGGGGCAUGAGAAAAAGAAGCAUUUAGUAAGUAAAUGAGGAAAUCAUGAUGAUGAGAUGAUCAAAGUCAAAAUAAUUACUCACUUGAUGAAGAUUCUUUCAUGUGUUUCUUAGAUUUGACGAACCUAACAAGGGUUAGUCGUGGGAGAAUUUGAGAGAUUUUAAUGGAGUUAACAAAUCCCCUGUUAACGAUCAUUACUCAAAAAAUGACAGUAGAAGAGGAAUUCGUAAGAAGAAGAAGUAGUAGUAUUCUUUGUGAAGAUGAACAGAAAAAUGAUUUGUUUCCGAUUGGUAUGCGUGUUUUAGCUGUUGAUGAUGAUCUUAUUUGCUUGAGGGUCUUAGAAUCUCUUCUAAGGAGAUGUCAAUACCACGUUACUACUACUACUCAGGCUGUUACAGCAUUGAAGAUGUUAAGAGAGAAUAGAGAUAAGUUUGAUUUAGUUAUCAGUGAUGUUCAGAUGCCUGACAUGGAUGGUUUCAAACUUCUUGAGCUUGUGGGUCUUGAAAUGGACCUUCCUGUAAUAAUGUUGUCGGCGAAUGGAGAUACAAGAAAUGUAAUGAGGGGAAUUACUCAUGGUGCUUGUGACUACUUGCUGAAACCUGUUAGAAUUGAGGAGCUCAAAAACAUAUGGCAACAUGUACUAAGGAAAAAGAAGGUUGAUCCCAAGGACCAAAAUAAUCUUGACAAUUCAGACAAGCUUGACUCCGGAAUGGGUGAUUCUGGAAAAGGUCCUGAAAAUUUUGGAAACGAUGAUCGGACUAAGCUCAACAGGAAGCGCAAAGAUCAGAAUGAAGAAGAUGACGAUGAGUGUGACGAUGAUGAUGAGAAUGAUGACCCGUCUUCGCAGAAGAAGCCCAGGGUAGUUUGGUCGGUGGAGCUUCAUCGCAAAUUCGUUGCAGCAGUUAAUCAGUUGGGAAUUGAUAAAGCCGUCCCUAAGAAGAUACUCGAUCUGAUGAAUGUGGACAGACUUACCAGAGAAAAUGUGGCAAGCCAUCUUCAGAAAUAUCGUCUUUAUCUGAAAAGGAUUAGUUGUGUGGCAAGCCAGCAAGCGAACAUGGUUGCUGCUUUAGGUGGUAAAGAUGCCUCUUAUUUGCGCAUGGGUUCAUUGGAUGGGCUCGGAGAUUUCCAUGGCUUUGCGGGACCAGGGCAGCUGUCGAAUGGUUCUUUGGCAUCAUAUUCGUCUGCUGGGAUGCUUGGAAGAUUGAAUGCUUCUCUUGGUUUGGGCUUACGUGGCCCCUCGUCUGGAAUGAUGCAACUAGGUCGACCCCAGAACCUGACCAACUCUGUCCAUGAUCUAGGGAAGCUUCACCAAAAUGGGAAUUUUCUUCAGGGGAUGCCGAUGUCGCUGGAACUUGACCAAUUGCAAAAGAGCAAGAGCAUUUCUCGUAUAGGAGAAUUCUCUUCAUCCAUUGAUUCAACAGCUUUUUCGGGUCCUAGUAAUUUCUCGGAAACUGGAGUCACCAUCGGUAAUUCAAACAACUCAUUUCUUAAUGUCCAUAGCAACUCACUGCUGUUACAAGGAGUGCCGCAACAAACCCAGAAUAGGGUUGGAUUUGGAGAUCAGUCUUCUAGGAGAAUGCCGUCAGUCAAUUCUGAGUCUUUUGAGUUUGAGUUUGGUGCUUCUUCUCAUUUACCUGAUCAGAGUGGGUGCAAUGACAAUUGGCCGAGUGCUGCUCCAUUUAAUUGUUUUCCAUCAAAUCCUCUGCCACUGGGUGACAAUCCUUUUUGCCAUUUGGAUUUAUCAUCGGGUAGUUUAAGAGAAAAUAUGUCUUCGAUUAACCCCUCUAUCGGGAGUAACUCAUUUGACGUAUCUUCGAACAGUGUAACAACUCUGCACGAAUCAAGAAGAGAUUUACAAGCAGGGCCUAUUGGUGUUAAUGUUCAACAUGACAAGUUCUCAAACUUUGUGAAUCUGGGUGAUGAUGUUGGCCAGAGUAUGAAUUUAGUUCCAAAGCAGAAAUGGAUUAGUCAUAAACAAGACUACAGCCAAAACUCAAAUCUUCUGUUUAGUUCAUCAAAUCCAUCAGUACCUAUUCAUGGUGUUGUUGGUGCCUUAGGUCAGAAUAAGAAUACAAUGAGCAACAGAAAGACUGAUUUUAUUUCCACGUCACGACCAAAUUCUGGUAGUACUCCACAUUUAACACGACAAAAUGGGAUUGAGAAACUGUCUAUUGACAUGACAGAAAAUUUUUUCUUGGAUCAGAAUAAGUCACAUGGUGGAGUUGUGUCUAAUAGCUGUGACUCCUUGGAGGAUCUAAUGAGCGCAAUGAUUAAACGGGAGCAAGACGAACUUACAUCAAGGGACAGAGAUAUUGGAUGUGAUAUUUUCCCAGUCAGAACAUGUAUGUGAUAUAACACGGUUUAAGCUAUUAACAUCCUCUUAGAAAAUGGAAAAAAGGACGCUUGCAACAAGAUGUCAUUGCAUACUCUUUUUACAUCAAGAGAAAAAGGAGUCUGUAUCCCCAUCUUCAGUGACAUGUAAUCUCUUCUGCUUUUUUUUUAUCUGAAGUGUUAAAUCCCCUGCAUGUUGCAAAGUGUUAUUUCACAGUGUCAUUUGCUAUAAUUGGCUUGUAUAUUUCAGCCUUUUAUUCUCUUCUUUUUCCUCUAAUCCUCAUUAUGUGUCAAGUCUUUUCAACCUCUCUAAGUCUUUAAGGCUUGUUUAUUUCCAUAUUCCAUCUUGCUCAAUUUGGAAUGUACGAAUGCAGCGCUUUAAAAAGCAACAACAAGUAAAUAUAACUUUGAUCCACGUUUUUUCUUUUCA